GUCACCAGAUUGUGUAUAUAACGGAUCUAAAUCGGGCCACACGUAAGUGGGGCAACUAUAGGAGAAGGAAGAGCAGAGUGCAAUAUGUAGAAAAACGUUGCAAGGAUAAAUUGUGUGUAAUAUUUUAACACACAAAAUCGACACACACCAAUAAGGGUAACAGCCAUACAUUUCAGGAACUUAUGUUUUAAACGUCAGUAAACUGGUUAUUUUUUUUUUUUAAGUAAAGCCUUCAUAAAAAAAAAUACAACUGACUUGAGGAUCAGUAACCUAAAUAUCUGCAAUAGACGUUUGGUAUCAACAAAGUAUCUCUUUAAGUUGUUGUUUCUUACCGAGAAAGACUGGUUACUUAUUGCUCUUGUACAUUAUUUAACUAACACAUUCAAUAGCUUUUAACAUCAUUAUUUUGAUUGAGACUUCAUACCACGAGAGUGGUCUCCUCGUAGUAUAAAGCCGCACCACCAGACGGAGUAAUCACUACCAACGAAAUGGCUUCUCUGUGUUGUUGUCAACGAGACACUGAAGUCACUCCUUUUGUUCAAGAGCUAUCGGUAUCCCCAGAGGACGAAAUAGAUGCUGAGAACACCAAGGUGACAAAGGAGGUGUUUUUUGAUAUCAGUAUAGGAGGAGAGCCAACAGGGAGGAUUAUAAUCGGUCUGUUUGGAGAGACAGUGCCGCGGACCGUGGAGAACUUCUAUAAGCUAGCGGCUGGCACUGAAGGAUUUGGAUAUGAAGGCAGCAAAUUUCAUAGGGUUAUUAAGGAUUUUAUGAUACAAGGAGGAGAUUUUGUGAAUGGUGAUGGAACAGGCGGUAAGAGUAUCUAUGGGGACAAAUUUGAUGAUGAGAACUUCACACUGGACCAUUAUGGGGCUGGUUGGCUGAGUAUGGCUAAUGCUGGUAAGGAUACAAAUGCUUCUCAGUUUUUCAUCACAACGGUGGAGACGACAUGGCUGAACGGGCGCCACACUGUGUUUGGUAAGGUGAUUAAAGGUAUGUCUGUGGUUAGAGCGGUAGAGAACCUGCCCACUAACUCCGAGGACUCCCCGAUAAAGGAGGUCAUAAUUACCAAGAGUGGAGCGAUACCUGUUGAAGAACCGUUUGUUGUGGCUAAAGACGACGCCAAAGACUGAGGGGUUUGGUGGGGAUUUUAGAUGCAUUCAUAAAAAUUAACAACCCAUUUGAAAAGUGAUAUCGUCACCUCAUGUGCCUGGAGUCUUAACAAAAAAAAUAAUGAUCUGUUAGAAUUGAUUUUCCUUGGUAACUGCAUUGCUUUGUCAGAGAGAGCAUGGGGAAGGCCUGCAUGUAAAGUAUAAGUGUUUGUACACAUAUUAGAGGAGACAAAUUUAAAGACUUACCUGAUUUUUCAAUGUUUAGAAGCACUUGUCUUGGUCUCACAUGUCUGGGGUUGUUUAAUCAGGUAGUAUACUGAUUAAGAUUUGUGCUAGUUUGUUAACUCCUAUGUGCGGUUGACAUGUGUCACAAAAAGUGGUCAUUAUUAAGACUCCCUUAUGGUGCUGAUGCAUGCUUUUGUUGGACCUCAAGCUCAUCUUCACAUCCAUGUUGCCUUGACCUUUCAAACCAUUAAGUCAAUCCACGACAGGUAUGAUGUUGGCAUGAGAUUAAAUUGACUUGGUUCAGUAUUUUGACCAGUCCUUUCAACACAUGCUGUAAAAUACUGAUUCAAAUGAGGACUGUGGAUUUUGUUUUUGUAUUUGAUAUUGUAUAUUGUGCUAGUGCAGCUGAAUGACAAAUCAGACACAAAAACCAACAUUGGUGGGUAUAGAUUUUAACAUCGGUGGUGUUCUGUGUUUAUCGAUUAAGGACAUGAAUCCUGUUAACAACUGCACUAUGCAUGUUUAUGUAUUAUAUUUUUAAACGAGAAUUUAUUGUGUAAUUGUGAGACCAAGGACUAAUUUCAACUUGUUUCAUUCAGUAAAGAGUCAAUAUUUUCUCACACAAGUGAGCGUUGUUUGUUCAUGAACAUCAUGCCAAUUACAUGUUCAUUUUGAUAACCACAUGUUCCUUAGGACAACCACGUGUUUACGGCGAGAACGUAUGACGCCGGAACAGACCCUCCGCAAUUGAUUUUCUCUGAUUGGAUUACGGAUCCAUUGGUGUCACUGGUGAAAACAAAGCUCUUUGGUGCAAUGUUAGUCCCAGGGGAAAAGCUCAUGGGGUGUACUCGGAAGGGCUAACGUCAAGUGGGGCUUUUAUCAGGAAGGGCUGGUGUCCUGAAG